AUGCCCGUUACCAACCUUAAGACAAGCCUUGAAAACAAGGCCUUCUUCGUGAGGCUAUCGAAGAUCGGCACAGCAAGACAUAGCAGAGAACAACAAUUUGCUAAGCUAUCCAGCUCAAGGCAACAGGAGUUGGAGGAGCUCUACAAAGGACACUCUCCACGUUACAGUAAGGUAGCAAAGACGGACAAAAUGGCUAACUUGUUAGUGCAAAUUCUUCAAGUGCAGGAAGUGCAGACAAUAAAAGAAUAUACUUUGAGUGGGUAUACCUUUAAAGUUCACGUGCUAGAAGACACGGAGUUGUAA